CGUUUUCCCUUCCUAAUGGCCCCACUUUCCUUGGGGGUUCUGCUCCUCCUGGCUUGCUGCUUCUCCUCUUCCCAAACGAACCUCCUGGACUGGAUCUGGAGCACAGCAGCACCCGGUGAGGGAAUGGCAGCAUCGGAGCCACUCACCUCCACAGCUGCUCCCAUUCCCAAUGCAUCCUUGAGGAUAUGGGGUGAACAGCUGGAGCGGGAUGUCACCACCCCACAGCACCGGGAGCCGGAGCCAGGCACAGCAGCACUCAUUGGUGAGGGGACUGCAGCUGAAAACACUGGGAAUACCACAAGGCUUGUGGAGAGCACCACACGGGCACGGAUGAGCAUUGCUCCUCCCCACAGCACGUCACCUACACCCGAGCAGGAUGCGGCCACCAGCUCCAUUGAGGACCUGGGGAUGGGGAGCACCAAGGACCUACAGCUCCUGCGGAUGGGGAGCACUGAGGACCCACAUCGCUUUGGGAUGGGGAGCACCAAGGACCCGCAGCUCCUGCAGAUGGGGAGCACUGAGGGUCCGCAUCUGUUUGGGAUGGGGAGCACUGAGGACCCGCAUCUCUUGGGGAUGGGGAGCACUGAGGACCCGCAUCUCUUUGGGAUGGGGAGCACCAAAGACCCACAGCUCCUGCGGAUGGGGAGCACUGAGGAUCCUCAUCCCUUUGGGAUGGGGAGCACUGAGGAUCCGCAUCUCUUGGGGAUGGGGAGCACCAAGGACCCGCAUCUCUUUGGGAUGGGGAGCACUGAGGACCCGAAUCUCUUGGGGAUGGGGAGCACUGAAGACCCACAGCUGUUUGGGAAGGGGAGCACCGAGGACCCACAUCUUUUGGGUAUGGGGAGCACUGAGGACCUGCAGCUCCUGGGGACAGGGACCCCUGCAGUGCCAGGGCCAUGGGUGUCCUUGCAGAGCCCAGCAGGUCCCCAUCCAGGUAGUGCCCCUUUUCCUUCCUCCCCAGGUGACAGCAGCCAUGCACAAGCAGUGCUGCCUGGGGACCCUAUGGCACAUCCAGCUCAACCACACCAUGGAGCAUCACCUGCAUCCCUGAACCCAUGGCACAGCACUCACCGCCCGGGGCUGGCGCUGGCUGGUGUGAAUGGGAGCUGGAGCUCUGCUGUGCCUAAUGGGAGGGCAGAUAACAGUGUGGAUCCUCCUCUUCUUGCUCAUCCCUUGGGUCCUCUUGACUUUGACCUCCUAACAGCCACUGCGCGACUCUACAGCAAUAGUGGCACGGGGCUCGCAUCCUUCUUCCCUGGAUUGAUGCCACCAUCCGGGCACUGCCAACCCAUCCCAUCCCAGCUCCCAUUCUGCAGUGUACUGGGCACCAGCCACUUCACAUUGCCAAACUACCUGCGCCACGGCACCGAGGUGGAAGUGUGGGCAGCUUUGCAUGAGUGGGAAGGGCUGCUUGACUCGCGGUGCCAUCACUACCUGGAGUGGUUCCUCUGCUUGCUCCUGCUCCCCGGGUGUAGUGCUUCGGUCCCCAUAACCCCCCCGCCAUGCCAGGGCUUCUGCGAGGCCAUCAGAGACCUGUGUUGGAUGCACUUGGCUGGUGGGCGCCUGCCUCUGCCUUGUGAUGCUCUGCCUGCGGAGGAUGGAGGGUAUUCUUGUGUCUUUAUUAAUGCUUCUGCAGAGAACCCGAGGGCCGACGUUAGCCUCCUGGAGCUGAUUGGAGACCCCCCCCCAGAUGAGAUCCUCAAGAUCAAUGGCCCUGACAACAACCCUGGCUAUGUAUUCGGCCCCAAUGCCAACACAGGCCAAGUGGCGCGGUACCACCUUCCAAGCCCUUUCUACCGGGACUUCUCCCUCCUGUUCCACAUCCAACCCACCACCCCAAGGGCUGGAGUGCUCUUUGCUGUCACGGACACCUCGCAGAGCAUCAUCUAUGUGGGUGUCAAGCUGUCGGAGCUGCGGGCGGGCAAGCAGCACAUCAUCUUCUACUACACAGAGCCGGGCUCCCCUCGUUCCUAUGCGGCAGCCAACUUCACUGUGCCCACAUUGCUCAACCAGUGGACGCGCUUUGCCAUCAGUGUGGAGGAGGAUGAAGUUAUCCUCUACCUGGACUGUGAGGAGCACGACAGGGUCCGGUUUGAGCGCUCUCCGGAUGAGAUGGAGCUGGAAGAAGGCUCCGGGCUCUUUGUGGCUCAAGCCGGAGGGGCUGACCCGGAUAAGUACCAGGGGGUCAUUGCUGAUCUGAAGCUACAUGGGGACCCACGGGCAGCUGAGCGUCAAUGCGAGGAGGAAGAGGAUGAUGCUGAAGAGGCCUCCGGUGACUUCGGCAGUGGGGCAGAAGGUGGACACCAACCCUUGGGGAAGGUUGGGGGUGUCCCAGGGCUGGUGGAUGCCAUCCCCGUCACCUCUCCCCCUGUUGUGGGGGGCAGUGGGGGCUCCCUGCAGCAAGCUGAGAGGACCAGAGCAGAGGAGACGCUCUCCAGGGGAGGCACUGGCUCCAGAGGGGACAAGGGGAAGAAGGGCGAACACGGCCUUAAAGGGGAUGUGGGAACCAGCAGCGUCAUGGGGCCUGGCAGUGUGAAGGGCGAAAAGGGGGAGAAAGGAGAGCUGGGUGUUAAGGGCAGUGCUGGCUUUGGCUACCCUGGCUCCAAGGGCCAGAAAGGGGAACCAGGGAACCCUGGACCCCCUGGGACCCUAUCCCAGCACGCUGACAGCUUGGUGGUGGAGCAGGUCACUGGUCCCCCAGGAGCACCAGGGAAGGAUGGAGCCCCCGGCAGGGAUGGAGAGCCUGGAGAUCCAGGCGAGGACGGCAAACCAGGUGAUAUGGGGCCGCAGGGGUUCCCCGGGACGCCGGGGGAGCCUGGUGUGAAGGGGGAGAAGGGUGAGCCAGGAGUGGGGCCGAGGGGACCCCCUGGACCACCCGGCCCCCCGGGACCACCAGGACCCUCCUUCAAGCAUGACAAGCUGACCUUCAUUGACAUGGAGGGCUCCGGCUUCGGAGGUGACCUGGAGAGCCUGCGGGGCCCCCGAGGGCCGCCCGGUCCCCCAGGGCCACCCGGCGUUCCCGGUUUGCCAGGGGAGCCAGGGAGGUUUGGGAUGAACCACACGGACCUGCCGGGACCUCCAGGAUUGCCAGGCAGGGAUGGGAUCCCCGGGCCCCCGGGACCUGCGGGGCCUCCUGGAAGAGAUGGGGCAGCCGGGCAGCCAGGGCCCAAAGGAGAGCGGGGCGACAUGGGUGACCUCGGCCUCCCCGGUGCACCAGGACCCAAGGGCAGCAAGGGAGAAACGGGACCAGCAGGAGCUGCAGGAGAACCAGGCUUAGCCGGUCUUCCCGGACCCAUGGGACCCCGUGGACCACCGGGACCCCCCGGUCCCCCAGGACCACCAGGGCCAGGCUACGAGGCUGGAUUUGCUGACAUGGAGGGCUCGGGGCUGCUGGUUGCCAGCGGCUCCCCUGGACCACGUGGACCCGAAGGACCACAGGGGGUGCCAGGCCUGCCAGGGGUGAAGGGGGAGGUUGGCAGCCCUGGGCAGCCUGGUUUGCCAGGACCAAAGGGAGAUGCUGGUGUUCCUGGUGUGGAUGGCCGCCCUGGCCUGGAGGGCUUCCCUGGACCACAGGGACCCAAAGGUGACAGAGGCAGCCCUGGCGAGAAGGGCGAGCGUGGCCAAGAUGGUGUGGGGCUGCCUGGUCCCCCUGGCCCCCCUGGUCCCCCUGGGCAGGUCAUUGGUGUCUCAAGUGAAGAUAAGUCUUUGAUGGCUUUUCCUGGUCCAGAGGGCAGACCGGGUCAUGCUGGCUUCCCGGGCCCAGUGGGACCGAAAGGAGACAGGGGUGCAUCUGGUCCCCAGGGCAUUCCAGGGUUGAAGGGGGAGAAGGGGGAGCCUGGUGUCAUCAUCAGCCCCGAUGGGACCGUGAUCACUGCAAAGGUGAAGGGAGAAAAGGGGGAGCCGGGGCUACGAGGACCAGUAGGACCCUCCGGUCCCCAAGGACGAGCAGGGAUGAAGGGAGAGAUCGGCUUCCCGGGCAGACCCGGACGUCCUGGAAUGAAUGGGCUGAAGGGCGAGAAGGGGGACCCUGCGGAUGUCAGUGGCAUGAUGGGCUUGAGGGGUCCCCCAGGCCCCCCAGGCCCCCCAGGGCCCCCCGGGCCCCCUGGCAGCAUAGUGUAUGACAGCAGCAAUGCCUUCAGUGACUCCAGGCAUCCCGUGCUGCCAGCCUUCCCUGGUUUCCACCAGUUCCCAGGACAAAAGGGAGAGAAGGGUGAUAUUGGACCCCCAGGACCCCCAGGCCACUUCCCCUAUGACCCAAGUCACUUUGGUGCCAACCUGCGGGGUGACAAGGGGGACGCAGGUCCCAAGGGUGAGAAGGGUGAGCCGGGCAGCACCCCCAUCUACAGCCCCAGCCUCUCCGGGCCGCCAGGACCCCCAGGGCCCCAGGGCUACCCUGGGCUGCCGGGUCCCAAAGGGGACAGCAUCGUUGGCCUGCCAGGGCCUCCUGGACCGCAGGGCCCCCCAGGAAUCGGCUAUGAGGGGCGGCAAGGCCCUCCUGGCCCUCCCGGCCCCCCUGGUCCACCCUCCUUCCCUGGACCCCAUAGACAAGCUAUCAGCAUCCCUGGACCCCCUGGACCACCGGGACCCCCUGGACCACCAGGCAGUAGCGGGAUGUCCUUGGGGCUCCGCAUCCUGCCAACGUACCAGGUGAUGCUGAGCACCGCACGGGACCUGCCCGAGGGCAGCCUCAUCUUCCUCAGUGACCGACAGGAGCUCUACGUGCGCCUGCGUGGUGGCAUCCGCCGCGUCCUGAUGGAGGAGCACACUGUGACACUCAUUUCGCCUCUGGACAACGAGGUGUACGACAAGCUGCCCAGCAUCCACUACAGUGGCCCUCAGCCCGCUCUGCAGCCCCCUGGUCCCCUGCAUCCCCUCCACAACCACAGUCCCCCUCCUACCGCCCGACCCUGGCGUGGGGACGAGGUGGUGGCCAACCAGCACCGCCUGCCCGAGCAGCCCCUGCUCCACCACCAGCACGAGCUCCUCAACAGCUACUACAUCCAUCGCCGCCCGGAUCCGGCCCCGGUGGCUGCCCACGUGCACCAGGACUUCCAGCCUGCUCUUCACCUGGUGGCCCUCAAUGCGCCGCUGAGCGGGGGCAUGCGUGGCAUCCGUGGAGCUGACUUCCAGUGCUUCCAGCAAGCCCGGCAGGUCGGGCUGGCCGGCACCUUCCGUGCCUUCCUGUCCUCCCGCCUGCAGGACCUCUACAGCAUCGUGCGCAGGGCUGACCGUGCCACUGUGCCCAUUGUCAACCUCCGGGAUGAAGUGCUCUUCACUAACUGGGAAGCCCUUUUCACGGGCAGCGGGGCUCCGCUGCGAGCCGGUUCCCGCAUCCUCUCCUUCGACGGCCGGGAUGUCCUGAGGGAUGCAGGAUGGCCCCAGAAGAGCGUCUGGCAUGGCUCAGAUGCCAAGGGCCGGCGCUUGCCCGAGAGCUACUGUGAGACAUGGAGGACAGAGGAGAACACAGCCACGGGGCAGGCUUCAUCCCUGGGCUCCGGGAAGCUGCUGGAGCAGGAGGCCAGCGGCUGCCAACACACCUUCAUCGUGCUCUGCAUCGAGAACAGCUUCAUGACCGCUGCCAAAAAGUGAUACCCUCCUGCCCCUGGGGACCCCGCAUCUCCCCAGGGAAGGUUAGGCCAGCCCGGCACCCCUGUGGUCCUCAGGCCCCACAUGCCCUUGCCCUGCAGGGUUUGCUUCUCCCACAGACCAAAGAGAUCAUCAUCAUCCUCAUCACCCUCGGCUGGCAGGGGUUUGCAGGUGGUCAGGUUGCCUUCCUCCUCCUCUGGCUCCACUUCUAACUCCUAAUAUUUAACCAUUUCAGCUUGUGUCCCACACCCUGCUCAGAUGCUCCUUCCAGGGGGAUGUGGUGUGUCCUCCUGGGAAGCCUACAGGGGUUCUCUGACCGUCCCCCCAGCCCCACACUGGAGCCCCACACCAGGAGCUUGGGGUUGGACCCAAGAAGAAGAAGAUGGGUUCUUCUUCACCCAUCCCUGAUGCUGAGGCCAUGGAGUCUUCUCCAGCCAAACCCCCAGCAUCCCACCCAAGCAAGGGACCGUCCCAUGGCAGUGCCAGGGCUCCUCAUAGAUGGUCUCCAUCCUACCAAGGCAAGGACCAUCCCACCCAGUCCCCCAGCAUCAUCAUCAUCCUCACCUCCACCUCCCAGCCAGCAGCUGCAGAGGGGGGACCAUCCCCUCCACGCACCCCACACCAGCACAGGGGGGACUGGGGCAAUGGGGUGGCCCCAGUGUGGGGCCAGGUGUGCCCUUGGCAUGUGUUUACAUGCACGUGUGGUGCUGAGGGCAGGCACCGCCAUCGCCCUCCCCUUGCCCAACACCAGCUUUGCUGCAUGCUAAGGGCCGAGGUGCAGCAAAGCUGCUUUGAAAGGGGGGUGGGCAAACCUAAGGUGCUAAAGGACAGAAAGACAACGAGAUCCAUUUGUAACUAGCUUUUGGUUUUUGUUAUUGUAUGGGACUUCUUACCAUAAAAGCUGUGUGAUGAAUCACACGGGCUCUAUUUCUUACAGUCUACUGUAUUUUGUGUCAUUAAUGCAAUUUAAAGCCUGUGGAUUGGUUUGGUUUUGUGUCAGUUGUGUCCUAUAAACCAUUUUCUAAAGGCACUGAAUAAAGAAACGUUAUCCUCUCGUA